CCCUUAGACUUCCCUUCGCCGGGUUUAAGAUUCUGGAGAUUUUGAACUUUUCGCUGCUUUCUAGGGUUUCUUUCUUUCUCCUCCCUCCUGGUUCUGAAAUCUCGGUGGCGGAAAAAUGGACGUCGAAAUGGAAACUUCGCCUGGCUACGAAGACCUCACCAUCAGAGAAAAGUUUCGUCGCUACGGUAAAAGGCACUCGAUAUCUAGCCCAAGUCAAGACAGUACGAAUUCGAAGUUCAAGGACUCAAGACUACUGUAUGAUGGGCAAAACAUACACAGUCCCACAAAUGCUGUGCUUCUGCUAGAGGAUAUUAAACAAGAGGCUGAUGGUUUGGGCUCUGAUCACUUUGAUGCCACACCUGGGAAGGUGCAAGCUUCGGGUAAAAGGAGGAUGGCGAUUGAUGGAUUUUCAGAGAGUGAUCUCAUUGUUGAUCCAGAACUCCAGACUGGAACUAAAUUGCUCAAAGCAUGCAAAAUGGAGGAAGAAUCAGCUGACAGCGGAGAACCUGUGUUUGGUCUAUUCGCAUCUCUUCUGGAUUCUGCUAUUCAAGGCUUGAUGCCAAUUCCAGAUUUGAUUUUGAGAUUUGAGAGAUCAUGCCGUAGUGUAUCGGAAGAUAUAAGGUCCCAGUCAAACAGAAGGCAUCGAGUUCUAGAGGACAAAUUAAUGCGGCAGAAGGUUCAGCUCCUGCUGGAUGAGGCUGGCACCUGGUCUCUUCUGUGGUACCUCUAUGGGAAAUAAAUUUUCCUAUUCGUCUUAACUCUGAUGUUCGUGGUCCAUGAACCUUGUCAUUCUCCAUCAACGUCACAUGUAGAGGCGUGCCAGUUUGUUGUAAAUGACCAUACAGCACAACUUUGCCUCCGUAUCAUUGAGUGGCUGGAGGGCUUAGCCUCCAAAUCCCUAGAUCUUGAAAGCAAGGUACGUGAACCUCGUGUUGGUACAUAUCUUCCUAAUUCUGGAAUUUGGCACAAUACGCAACGAUUGCUGAAGAAAGGUGCAUCCACUGUAAAUACUGUUCAUCACUUGGACUUUGAUGCUCCAACUCGUGAACAUGCUCACCUGCUACCAGAUGAUCAGAAACAAGAGGAAUGUCUUUUGGAGGAUGUGUGGACAUUGUUAAGGGCUGGAAGAGUAGAAGAGGCAUGUGAUCUUUGCCGCUCUGCUGGGCAGUCAUGGAGAGCUGCAAGUUUAAGUCCUUUUGGAGGAUUGAACAUGGUUCCUUCUAUCGAGGCUCUUAUGAAGAAUGGAAAAAGUAGAACCCUCCAAGCCAUUGAGCUUGAAAGUGGCAUUGGUCAUCAAUGGCGUCUUUGGAAAUGGGCUGCAUAUUGUGCAUCAGAGAAAAUUGCAGAGCAGAAUGGCGGAAAAUAUGAAGCAGGUGUGUAUGCAGCACAGUGUAGCAACUUAAAACGGAUGCUUCCAAUUUGUACGGACUGGGAGUCAGCUUGCUGGGCAAUGGCCAAGUCGUGGCUUGAUGUUCAGGUUGAUCUAGAGCUAUCUGGCUUACAACCUGGAAGGUUCGAGCAGCUUAAGAGUCAUGGAGAUAGUACUGAGGGCAGUCCUGUUCAAAAUGACAAUGGCCCUCAUGGUUCAGGUGGACCACAUAGCUGGCCACUACAGGUCAAGAAUCAGCAACCAAGGAAUCUUUCAGCUCUUCUUCAAAAACUCCAUUCCGGGGAACUGGUCAAUGAAGCUGUUAUUAGAGGGUGCAAGGAGCAGCAGCGGCAAAUUCAGAUGAAUAUGAUGUUGGGGAAUAUUCCACACCUACUUGACAUGAUAUGGUCGUGGAUAGCACCUUCUGAAGAUGAUGAGAAUGUCUUCAGGCCUCAUGGUGAUCCUCAGUUGAUACGGUUUGGUGCUCACCUAGUACUUGUGCUUAGGUUUUUACUUGCUGAGGAAAUGAAGGAUUCCUUUAGAGAGAAGCUAAUGAACGCUGGUGAUCUCAUUCUACACAUGUAUGUCAUGUUUCUAUUCUCCAAGCAACAUGAGGAGUUGGUGGGCAUUUAUGCUUCUCAGCUUGCACGUCAUCGUUGCAUUGACCUCUUUGUGCACAUGAUGGAACUAAGGAUAACCAGCAGUGUGCAUGUGAAGUACAAGCUUUUUCUUGCUGCUAUGGAGUACCUGCAAUUUUCUCCAUUAGAUGAUUCCAAAGGUAGCUUUGAAGAGAUUAUAGAAAGGAUUCUUUCAAGAUCUCGUGAAAUCAAAGUUGGAAAGUAUGAAAAGUCAGCAGAAGUGGCAGAGCAGCACAGGCUGCAGAGCCUCCAAAAAGCUACGGCUAUCCAAUGGCUGUGCUUUACUCCCCCAUCAACUAUUACCAAUGUCGAAGACCUUGGUGGAAAACUUCUUAUGCGGGCAUUGAUACACAGCAACAUGCUCUUCAGGGAAUUUGCUUUGAUUUCCAUGUGGAGAGUACCAGCAAUGCCAAUAGGUGCACAUGCAUUGCUUAGUUUACUUGCUGAGCCUCUAAAGCGCCUUUCUGAAUUUCCAGCCGACUUUGAGAACAUUUCUGAGAACCUAAAAGAGUUCAACGACUGGAGUGAGUACUAUUCAUGUGACGCAACAUAUCGUAAAUGGCUUAAAGUUGAACUCGAAAAUGCGGAGGUAUCCACCACCGAGCUUUCUAUGGAAGAAAAACAUAGAGCUACUUCAGCAGCCAGAGAGGCGCUUGAUUGUUCUCUGUCUCUACUACUAAGAAAAGAAAAUCCUUGGCUAGCUUUUAUAGAAGAUCAUGCAUUUGAAUCAGAAACUCAUGUGUACCUCGAGUUGCAUGCCACUGCAAUGCUCUGCCUACCUUCAGGUGAAUGUAUGUGCCCAGAUGCUACCGUUUGCACUGCAUUGAUGAGUGCUCUUUACUCUUCUGUGGGUGAGGAGGUUGUGCUUCAUCGUCAAUUAAUGGUAAAUGUUUCCAUCUCGGGGAGGGACAAUUAUUGUAUUGAGGUUAUUCUGCGGUGUUUGGCCGUCGAGGGCGAUGGACUUGGACUACUCCAGGCUAAUGAUGGUGGUGUUCUAGCUACUGUUAUGGCAGCUGGUUUCAAAGGGGAGCUUAGCCGGUUUCAACCUGGAGUUACAAUUGAAAUAUCCAGAUUAGAUGCUUGGUACUCAGAUGCAGGAGGUACCUUGGAAGGCCCUGCAUCUUACAUCGUGCAGGGACUUUGCCGCCGGUGCUGUCUGCCGGAACUAAUUCUUCGAUGUAUGGAGGUUUCGGUCUCUCUAAUGGAAUCCGGUAACCCACCUGAGAGCCAUGACGAGUUGAUUGAGCUUGUCUCCUCUGAGGAAACUGGGUUCGUCCAUCUCUUUAGUCAGCAACAGCUGCAGGAAUUUCUGUUGUUCGAGAGGGAAUACAACAUCGGCCAAAUGGAGCUGCAGGAGGAACUCUCAUCUUGAUGACGAGUUGCUUCAUUCACCUUUCUCUUCUGCCAUCUCCUGCCUACCUGCGUUAGCUUCCCGCCUAAACAUAUCGAUGGUUCUAAAUCUAAUCAAAAUGAUAGAUACUUCCAUGAAUUUGAUUCAUUGUGGUCUGUUUUCUACACUGUUCAAGCUUCUCCACUGAAAUGGAAAUUGCAGCCAGGUUAAAUGAAGGGUUUCCUUUCAAUUGUAUGCAGGAGUGGAAGCUGAUGGUUUUCUCAGUUUUAGACUCGUAUGAUGAUGGUACAUCGGUUUGUUCGUUGUUUGUAAGCAGUUCCAGGUCUCUAGGGGGUUCAUUGUGGGUAGAAAGAAGAAUGUACUCUGUUAAAGGCAAAGGGAUGAGUCUGUGGUUAUAGUUGAGUGGGCAUAUGCUGUUGCGGUUUAGUAUUUUUGUACUGAUUUCUGCUGCUAGCAGUAAGCCUCAGCCAAUUCUCACUGUAAUCAAUUUCGCUAUUUGUAAGUUAGUUUAAAUUAAGUGGCAGUAAAACUAAAAUUAGUGUGGUCAAUUUGAAGUUUAAACAUUGCCUAUGCCUAUGUGGUCAAUAUUUAUUUUAUAUUUUCAGAUUC